UAAACAAAAUUAUUAUAUCAACAUUAACAAGGUGGGAGAACGAAAUUUAAAACUGAAAGUGAAUUAUUAUCGUUGUAACUGCCAUUGACCGGUGUCAGGGAAGCACAGUUCCGUCAUUAAUUCCUUCGGCUUCAGUUGAGUGGAGGAAGCAAACACUGGAACAAGAUGGGGUUUAACAAAGCUCUGCUUGUUAAACGGUUCUCAAUAGACAAUUGGAUUGAUUAUGGUCGAGCUAAAUAUUAUUUGGAGAAAAACAAUUGGAAAAUUGAUGCUGCUACUAAGCAGUUCAAUAGUGAACUUGUUCAAGAUGAAAAUGCAAAAGACUUGACUUUGUCCAGACAUUUGAGAAUAGUCAAGCAUACAUCUGCAGAGUCUGAGAAACACAUUCUUAUGCCUGGUGAGUGUGUGUCUGUUGAAGGUGAUAAUGAAAUAAUCCUUUUAAAAGAAGGAGAUGAAGGGGAUGACAAGGAAACAAAAAUGGACCAGUUAAUUAGAAAGGUUCCAAGACUGGAUGUGGGCAAAGCUAAGUUCUUUUUGGAUAAAUGCAAUUGGAAUUUACAGGUUGCUCAAAACAUUGCUGAAUCAGAUAAUGUUGAGAUUUCUAAUGCAGCUGGGAAGAUGAAAAAAUAUCCAUCUCAGUAUAUUGAUAUUGUUGAUGACCAAAUUGUAUGCAGAUACUAUGAGGAUACUGGACCUGAACCAGAAUCACAACUUGAUCUGUUUUAUGUGUUACGAGAAAGAUAUCCUUAUACAAAUGGUGAAACAGUAUAUGUUCUGAAGAAAGCAGAAUGGAAUUUCAUCGUUGCUCUUUAUUUAAGUGAUCUCUAUGUUGCCUACAGAAAAUAUGGAGUGUAUCAUUUUGAGUUCAGGGAAAAGAUGGAUGAGUUUAUGGACAAUGUUUAUAAGCUAUAUCAAGAAAGUGAACAACUUAGAGAUUCAGUGCAAAGAAUGGAAGAGGAUUCUACAUUUGACCGAGAUAGGAUUGCUCAGAUGGAAUUCUGUAAGACCUACAAACUUUUCAAAGAUAAAGAAAAAACAUUCAAAAAUGAGGACAUUAAAAAGUCCUUCGAUUUCAUAAAAGUUGCUGCAGCUAAACCUAAUGAAGAUGUUCAAUUGGCGCCAGAUUAUACAAUAAAGCAAGGAGAACCAAUAAAUGAUUAUACGAAGUUACUGGCAUUCACCUAUUGGACAAGUACUGAUGAGAUGACGGCUAAGAAAAUUCUUGAUAAAGUCAAAUGGAAUAUGAUAGAUGCAUUUAAAUUGGAUGAAUGUUUAAAAAACACUUGGAAACCUGGUCAUAAAACAAGAUUGCUAGAAUUAGCAAGAGAGUACUUUGGAGAUAUCAAGCAAUAUAGAGAUCUUCAACACAAGCUAGAGGAUGCUCCAAAGAGUAUUGAAAGAGCUGAAGCCGAGAGAUUAGCAUUAGAUCAUUUUGAAGGUCUACCGGAGUAUGAAAAUUUUCUUAAUGAACUGUUCGGUCGUUCAUACAUUCCAAAAGAUAGAGUUCUGAAAACAGCAGAACAAUGUUUUAAUAUAAACUCUCUGGAACAGUUUAAAAAAGAAAUGAGUUGGUUUCCAAACUGGAUUGAUUUUGAAAAAGCUUUGGAAAUAGCAGAAAAAUGCUUUUCAAAGGAUUAUGAAGAUUUUUAUAUGGAACUUACCUAUCCUCCAUAUCUCGAUACAGAAAAAACUAAGAAACUAGCAGAAGAAUAUUUUGGAAUGCACAAGGAUUAUAAAGCUUUUGAAAAGAUAAUCAAUGAGCAACCAGACAAUCUAUCAGCUGAAGACGCCAAGAAAGUGGCAGAGGAAUUCUUCAAAGGCCGUGAGGAUUUUCAAGGUCUUUUGAAGGAACUGCUCGAUCUUCCAUCUUUUGACAAAGUAAAAGCCAUAAAACUAGGAAGGAAACAUUUUCGAAAUUACACGGAAUAUGAACGUUUUAAGAGGAAAAUCAAGAAACAUCCAUUCAGUAUUAAAAGCAUAGAUGCCAGGAACCUUGUGGAAGAAUCCUUCAAAGGCCGUGAGGGUUAUGAAAUGUUUUACAUUCAGGUGUUCAGUCCUCGAGAUGUACAGAAAGAAAGAGCUAUAGAGGUGGUAAGAAAAUAUUAUGAAUAUACAAAAGAAUAUAAAAUGUUCGAAACGGAAGUGGAUGCUUAUCGGAAAUAUUUUGGACAGGCAGAGGCAAAGGGAACCGCUCACGGCAUCCAACAAUAUCAGAGAUCUGGGUGUAAUUGUUGGCAAGAAUCUCGAUUGGAGUGCCCACAUCAACAAUAAGGUCAAUAUAGCUCGU